AUGAUUGGCAAACGGAAAAGACAAACAUCUGUGGUGUCAAGAGCAAAGAAAGGCAACAACCGGGAGGACUCCCCCGAAAAGGCCACGACCGAACAGCAAAGCGCUCAAGAUAUCUUUCGCAAGUUCUUCGAAGCCCAAUUCGAGCCAUUAGAAGUCAAGGAGACCAGUACCGUGCAGCACGAAUCCCAAUCCGAAUCCGAUGACGACGGUGAGAAUGGUAGCGGUGCAGAUUCUGAGUCGGAGUCAGAGUCUGAGUCCGAAUGGAGCGGCAUUGACGGCGCGGAGACUGAAAACACUCCGGUCGAGGUAGUUGAGUACCAGGCGCCUUCCCGUGGGGCGGACAACCUGAUAGACAAGAAGGCUCGAAAGGCGUUUAUGACAGCGAAGCCGCCAUCCUUUGAUGUGGAUUUGAAGCCUACUACAGAUCACUCUAAGAAAUCUGAGGAUGAUGAGAACGAAAAAGAUGACGAAACGCUCAAUUUAAAGAAUGAUCUUGCGCUUCAGCGACUUCUGAAAGAAUCACAUCUUCUGGAGUCAGCGUCCGACCUGGCACCGACGGGCAAGAAUCGUCAUAAGGCACUUGAUUUGCGAAUGCAGGAACUUGGGGCUAAAAAAUCGCUCUACCAUCAAAAGAACAUGCCGUCAUCAAUGCGCAAAGGCAUCAAAGCUAAGGCUGUUUCAAAGGACGACAAGCGUCGACGGGAGGCCCGAGAGAACGGAAUCAUCCUUGAGAAACCCGCGCCCAAGAAGCAGAUGAGCAGCGAGCGACGUGAACGAGGAGUUGGGGGUCCCUCGAUCGGAAAAUUCAUGGGUGGAACUCUGAAUCUGAGUAAACGGGACAUCUCGCAAGUCCAGGCGUCGCGAAGAGGAGGCGGGAAGACGCGAGGCCGCGGAAAGACCAGAGGCCGUCGCUAG